AUGACUGAUUUUUUCAAGUGGAAUCCGGCUGUUGGUACUGCGUGCCAGAAACCCAAGCCAGGUCCGACUUCUAAGCCCACCGGCGUACCGACGCCUGACCUUAUUCAACCUGGUAUUGUCAAGGGUUGCAAGAAGUUUCAUGAAGUAAAGGCAACAACUACAUGCGCUUCUAUUCAGAAGUAUUAUUCGAUCACAAUGGCUCAACUGUACAAAUGGAACCCUGCUAUCGGGUCUGGAUGCACUAAUCUGUGGCAGAAGUACAGUUAUUUUCCUGCCAUGUAA